AUGCAAACUCAAAUUUAAAAAUUUUCGGUAACUAAGAACUUUAGACAGGUAAUUCAACCUAAUUGUUUAAAUUUUAGGCUAGAUAACAGGCCAACUAGAAGUAUAUUAAUUUCACAUUCGACCAUGGCACUUUUUCGCAUCCUCGGAAUUGCGUUUUUACUGUGUAACAUUGACCGUCUAGCAAUAUGCGCUGAUUGCCCCGUUCCUGGAAACCCAACCACAAGUAAAAACGAAAUUGAUCUUUUUCAUGGAACUCGAACGACGAAGAUCCCGUUUCCAGAUGGGCGUCUCCUGGCCCCAGCACCAGAUAUAACCGUACUGAGUAAUGACACACUGUCAAAUGAGACGCGCAUUCUUCCGACUAUUGGAAAUGGACAUAUUGCUACUGUUGUUAAAUCAGACACGAUGUGUAUGAAUGGACUUUAUAACGGGUACGCCAUUAAAACACACAGAGCCUUACUCCCAUCUAUAACGAUAAAAAGUAUCAAUAUCAACGGAACUGUUCAGUCCAACUACAGCAUAGACGUCAAGAACGGCAUGUUUGUGGAGAGCCACAGCGGGCAGAACUUCUCAGUGACAAUGAAGAUGUACGCCCAUCGAUCCCUCCCCCAGCUGAUGGUGACUGAGCUAGUGAUACUGAACAACCAGCCCCUGCCUCUACAACUGUCAAUCAGCAGCGGCAAAGCAACCGUGACUGAAGAUCUGGAUCAAAACCUCAGUGGGAGGCGCUUAUCACCUUCAGACAGUAAUACGGAAAUAUUUUUUGGAAGAAUUAAAGAAUUUGAGUAUUCUUGGAAUGAGACACGUAAUGUUACCAUGGUGUCUUCACGGAUCCCUUCAAUUGUCUGUGUGGCUCCAUAUCAAAAGAUGGCACGCCUUUUUCUUCUUAGUGUUGAUAGUAAUCCAAAAGUUGCCAAAGAACAAUUUACUGAAGGUGUUAACCUAUUCUUCAAUAACACACUUGAGAAACAGCAUAUACAGUCAUGGCAGAGUAUUUGGAACAGUGGACGCAUCGACGUAGUAGGAGAUAAAAACCUAGCUACAUUAAUAUACUCAUCUCUCUACUAUAUACUCAGCUCCCUUCCUCUGUCAGAAAAACCGGAUUUCAUUGGUCUCUCACCAGGCGAUCUCGCACAUGGAUUGAUGUAUAAUGGUCACGUGUUCUGGGACCAAGAGACAUGGAUGUAUCCUCCAAUUCAGUUAUUGCACAGCGAUAUUGGCAAGGCUAUAAUCAAAACUAGAAUAAGGACUCUAGAUAAUGCUAAACACCAAGCCAUGAUGAGGGGCUUCAGGGGAGCUAUGUAUCCAUGGGAAAGUGCAUUUAGUGGAUAUGACGUCACGCCAGUUCCUCCAUACUUUCAAUUUGAGAAACACAUAACAGGCGAUAUAUCUUUUGCCGCCAGACAAUACAUCUACCUUACACGAGAUACGGAUUUUCUAAUCCAUGAACGAGGGAAUGAAAUGAUUAGAGAUAUUGCUGAAUUUUGGGAAUCCCGUGCAGUAUUUAACAAAAGGACUAGCCAAUAUGAAAUCUUUGAUGUGAUGCCACCAGAUGAGUACCACCACCAAGUGAACAACUCCGCCUACACAAACCUUGUGGCACAACUGAGUUUGCGCCUCACAGAGUUUAUUGACGGACUUCUGGGUCAGAGCUCCAAGCCUUUAUAUAAGGAGGUGGCAGACACUAUGUACAUUCCUUUUGACAAGUCACGACGUUAUCAUCCAGAGUUUGACGGAUAUUCACAAGGCGAAGAGGUAAAACAGGCAGAUGUUAUUUUGAUGGGGUUUCCUUUAAUGAUGGCUAUGCCUGGAGACGUGCGAAGAAACGACCUUUUAAUUUAUGAAAACGCUACCCCCGCCGGACCGGCCAUGACUUGGGGAAUGUUUGCGAUCGGUUAUCUGGAACUUAAUGACACCGCAGAAGCAGCCAGGUUAUUCAAAAAGCAAGAAGGCAAUGUUGCAGCUCCCUUUAAUGUUUGGACGGAGAACGCCGAUGGUACAGGGGCCGUUAACUUUAUUACAGGGAUGGGCGGAUUUUUACAGUCCCUGUUGUUUGGUUAUGGUGGCAUCCGUCUUCAUCCAGACAGAAUCGAUUUCCAUGGACGUCUUCCACCGUCAUCAACAUCUUUCAAAAUCACAGGGCUGGACUAUCUUGGCGGAUCUAUAGAUUUCUUUUUCACGAAUGACAAAACUAAUGUAACAUUAACCAAGAGGGCAAAACAUCCAAUAAACUUAAAGUACGACGGGAAAACAGUUUUGUUAGAAGUUGGAAAAGACAUUGAAUUUACAUCCAAUCCUGCUUCGUUAGAACCAGUUUUUCCACCACUUCCUAGCAAGAAACCUUCAAGAACUGAGCCUGAUAAGAACACUAAUGUAACAGGAUAUAUCUCGAUGUCUCCAAUCUGUAUUAUAUUGUUGAUAAUCAAUCUUCUACAUGUGAAGUAAACUUUAAAACUAAUCAACUGAUGAAAAUCUUCAAUAAUCAAGAUGAAUAUUGAAACGAUGUCAUCUUCAUUUAUUUCAAGUUAUGAAUGCAGCUAGAUCACUGAUCCCGAAUUAUGAACAUAUUUUCAUCCGUAAACGCUUGACUUCCUAAUUAAUAAGCGUGUAUUUA